UUACGAGCAACACUUCCAGCUCAAGCUGUUUAGAGGAACUCCUAUCUAACUCGUACCUGCGGGAAGCAUAUGUAGCUGUAAUUGCGAUCGGUCUGAUUUUCAUCCUGUCCUGGUUUGAGAAGCGGGGAAAUACGAGCCAGACCGGACUUUUUGGAGGAAGACCGGGCUGCCUUAUACCUGUGAAUUUGUUGGACGGGGACCGGGAAAGGCUUUCGUACGCUGCAGCGUUCGGCUGUACAACCUCCUCCAUCUUUAAUCUCCUCGUGACAGACAUCAAUUCUCAGAAAAACACUACUUCCGAGCAGUUGUCAGCUUUUGAAUUUUACUUACGGAUCAUGGCGAGUGCUGUUGUCAUUGGAACCACAUAUUACCCUUUGUUUGUUUGCUUGGCGCCCACCUUCAGAUUCGUACACUCUACCAUCGGACUCGGCUAUGCAACCGUAUGUCUUGUUAUAUCUUUACUGCCAAUGAACGAUUAUAGCGAAUGCUUGCCGACCUCAGAGUGGAUCUGGACGAUGACAUUAAUAAUGCUGGCCAUACCACAUUCGUUGUGCCUUUUCUAUCUCGCUCUCCGGUUCCUCUGUAUGUUUGCGACUGACGUAAAGACCACUGUCCGGGCGUGUAGACAGCGAAACUUUGGACUAAUACAUAGGGAACAGGUCCCCACCUGUACAAACAAAAGAGACCGCUUAGCCAACUCAAAACAGAUUCAGCAUGUCAGAGAGCUAUUCAUGAGAACAGACGAACCAACAACAUCCGGUAAAUACAUAUCCAGAUUUGUCGACACCAUACAACUGAGCUACAAAGGGGACAGAGCAUUCAGGUAUUCACAUCACAUGGUCGUCACCUUUACCGUGGCACUCAUCUGUCUGUAUCAGAUAUCGACACUUGUGUUGGGAGAAGGAACAUUUUUAAUUCAGUACGUAGAAGAACUCAUAUCGAAGAACACAACCGACUCUAUUUUUAGUCCAAACUUCGAUCAUAUUACAGGUUUUAAUGUUCUAAAAGCGUCUUUCUACGUUUCCUUCACAAUUACAACUCUGAUGUCAGGUGUCGUCAUUUUUCAAAUUAUGAUCUCCUAUCGGAAGAACUUGGAGGCACUGUAUAAAGGGGAUUUUUCUUGUGUUCCUAUCGAGGCUCGUCAACAAUCGGCUGUUACAGUAAUGACAAAUAGCUUGCAUUAUUCUGGUAUCCAGAUAGCCUACCUCUUUUGGAGCUACGUGAUACAGUUGGGUGUCCUGUUGAUGGUCUGCAUAUGUGUUGCAUAUGCAAUAGUACUACCAAUUCUGGGUGAUGUACCCAUGAUCGUCCUUAAUCCCUUUCUGACAGUCAUAACGACAUCUGUCAUUGCCUUUGUGACAUACUGGCUACAAACAUUCGUGUCCCGGAAGUGGCUUUUACAGGACCACAAAGUGACGAAUAAGGACUCGAAGUGGCCGGACCCCGUUUUGGCUCUCAACAACAGAAAAGCCUAUCACAACAUGGCGUAUUUCGUGUUCUUCUACUACAUAUUCAUCAGUAUGGUCCGCUGUCUUAUGAAGAUUUUUUACGCCGUUUAUCUGGGUGUAGUCUUUUUUGGAAGAAUAGACAGAAGCGGACUCAUGAAUGGUUUUGAGACUUGGGAUACAGGUUACAUGGCGUACGUGAGUUUCCUUCAAAUGGAACUGGUCCACUGUCAUCCUGUAUUGGUAGUGUUUUGUGACCUGCUCAGUCACAGAUUGCCGGGCAACAUCCAUGUUCAUCUGCACCGCGCCACAUCAUCACUCCACGACACAACAAGGUCCGGGAACACAUCUAUAUCGACGACAUUUCCUGUGCCUAAAUACAAUCAGAGGAUACAUAACCGCUGGCUUAAAGUCUAUACUCUGCUGAAGAAUCCCUCUUUGGCUGUCAAAUAGUGAUAAAACAAAUUAUUUACUUACACUUGACAUACUUGUUUACCUGUGGUUUCUAACUUUAUCAUAGAAUCACACCAUAUGUUAUUUUUCAUGAUGCGAUUCCUUUUAUCUUUUUAUGAAAAUCGUUUUACUUGCUGCCUUAAAAAGAUUUCAAUGUGUGUUUAAGUUGACAAUAUUUUGGAAUUGCUCUCCUGUGUAACGUGGCUGCAAAUGUACCGAUAUCGGACCAUAAAACACAAUUAUAGCAGUGGAGUUGGCCUUUUUUCACUUUUUGGCACUUGGGUGUAUUUGGCCUGGUGUAGUAAUUAUUUUCUAUGAACAACGUUUACAUAUUGUAUAUGAUGCUAUCAAUACAAACUAUAUUUACAUAUUGCUCAUACAUAACGCUAUCAUAAUAAACAACAUUUACAUAUUGUUCGUACAUGACGAUAUCGUUACAAACUACAUUUACAUAUUGCUCAUACAUGACGUUAUCAUUACAAACUACAUUAAUUAUAUAUAUUAUUAUUAUUUGCAUUUUAUUAUUUUGUAUUAUUUUUCUAAUUUGAUUAAUUAUUUUUUUGCAUGACCAGAAUUAAUGAUUCAGAGUUUCUAAAUCAUCAUUGCAAAAGUGACAUUUGCCUUCUAAUUUUCUCACUGUAGUCUACUUUCCGUAUAAAUAAUGUUGAGUAUGCCUUUCCAGUUAAGCUUUUUUAUUUUGUUUGUGAUGGGUGUGUCAUGCAGGUUUUUCCAUAUAGGUGUCCAUGGUAAAUCUUUCCCGAAGUAGACUUCCCACUUUGACUGAGCUUUCAGGACUAUUUUAGAGAUAAUCUUUUCCUUGAUAUGUCUUAGUUUAAGUUUGUCACAUGUUAUCACUUUGUCAGUUUCGUCUAGUAUUUCUAAAUGUUGCAUAUGGUGUUGUUUUGUUGUUGAUAUAUUAUUUUCACUAUCAACUUAAUCAGUGUUUUACAUGCUUUAAGGGCGAUAUCAUAAAAUGAUGUAUAUCCAAUAAAUCCAUUAAUUUAAUCCAUCAAUAUUAGUAUAUUUACAUAGAAAAUAUUCAUCUUGGUAUAUCUGAUCAUAUUUACACAACCAAUGCUUCCCUAUGACAUUCCAGCUUUCUUCCUGUGAAUGAAUUAUUCUAUAUAUACUUUGCUAUAACAAAUGUCUCUAUGUAAAUCAUGCCCAUAGUUCCUUCGAUUUUUUUUGAGAAAGCGUGCUUUUCUUUCUAUUUGAUUGGUUUUGUUAUUCCAUAUGAAAAUAAUUAAGGUUAUUUCCUUUAAAUAGGUAGCAGGCAUUCCUCUUAUCUCUAUUUCAAACCCGAUCAUUGAUAGGCUAAGUGAUUUAAGUAUAAGCGUUUUGCCACCAAAAAUCAAAUCUCUAGUUUUCCAGACUUGCAAGCAAUUUUUCAUUUUCUUAAAAUAUCUCCGUAUAUCAUCUUUAUCUAUAUUGUAGCCAUGAUGUUUUCCUAAGGUUUUUACUACUCCCUUUUCAAGAGAUUUGCUUAACAUAUUAAGCAUGCGCGCAACCAGAAGUAAGGCGUUUAAAAUUAACGCGAAUAAAGCAAAAAGAAGAGGCAUCGCAACAAUCUCUAUCGAUAUUUCCAAUGAUGGAAGAUUACUAUGAUUAUUAUGAUUAAAUCUGGUUCUUUAUUUUUUAACCUUCCUAUAUAUAAUCCUUUUUUCUUUUCAUAAUUAAUUUUUGAACCCGACUCUUUUUUCAUAUUUUGAGUGUACUUUGAAAGCUUCAUGAAUUGAUUUUUCAGAUCUAACAAAUAAUUGACUGUCAUCUGCAAACAUGUUCAAUUCAGAUUCUUGUAUAUCCCUCACUGGAAAAGAUAGCCUCUUUUCAAUUUGUGUAUUCAUCCUAAUUGCGCAUGUCAAAGACUCUGCUUGUAUUAUGCAAACUAAAUGCGUUGCUGGACAUCACUGCCUUACACAUUUGCUUAUAUUGAAAAAUUUAGACAUAAACCCAUUAGUAAUUAAACACGUUUUUGCUUUGAAAAUUAACAUUUUAAUCCAAUUUCUUAACUUGUUACCAAAGUGAAAGCGAGCUAAGCAUACAUCUACCCUGCUCCAUUCGACCCUAUCAGAAGCCUUCUGCUGGUCUAAAAUAAUCAUUGCUCCUUCGUUAUUUUCUGAAUCAGUUUAAUUGAUUAAAAUCUUGUAUUUGUCUGUUCGCAUUCUGUAUAUUUCUACCAGGAACGAAUCCUUUGUGAGGUUGACUUUAGUUAUAUCACGCUGUUUAAUAAGUAAAGAAACCUGUCACAGAUAUUUCACAAACAUAUGAAAAAUGACAUUUUAAUGGAGGAAACAAAUAUACACUCUUAAAUUUUGCGCAACAUUGUGUGCCGAAGAUAGACCGCUUCGAAUCAAUUUUCUUUCGGAAAUUAAAUAGUUGUACGAAAAACAUUUAUGAAUUCAAUUGGGAAAAAUCCAAAUAUAAACUUAAACCGUCAUUUUGUAUUGAUGCGAUUUGAUAGUUAUUUUCCUGUCGCAUAGCACCAUUCUAGGCAAAUGAACUUUCACAUAAUAACAGACUCUAACAUAACGGAUGGUUUUUUCUAAUCUGCAGUUUCUGAUUGUAUAAGUUCUAUUCAUAUUGAACAAGUUCCGAUAUAAUAACUAAUCUAGGUACGUUUCACUUCGGAAUGCUAAUUACGAUGCAAAUCGUAGGUAAAUUUAUACCGUAAAGUCAAUGUGACAUGUUAAACACGACACACACUGCCUUUUAUUUCUCUUGAGUUCACAUUGCUGUCAUUUUUUGUAGAAAAUGGGCUGUGUGGUACUUUCACUUCAACCGCAUUAGUCAUUUACCUAGGUGAUAUUAUAACUUAUCAUCUAUAGACUACUUUAUACCAUCUACCGGGAGCAUGAUAAAUUCAUUAUCAUUGGUUGUCAGUGUGAGAAAUAGUUGAAAAUGAUUUGAGAAAAACUUGAGAAGAACUUGAGAACGGAUGUUCCCAUUCUCCAGCACUUAGAAACGUAUUUUCCCAGAAAAGAAUGUCUGCUCGCGCCAGAUGACGUCCGAAACCGGAAUUGUCACAAAAGUGGUCCGCGUAAGAAAACAGUCCGUCAUAGACAUAUCAAUACCACGUUACGGAAAAAUAUUGUGAGAAUGACAACACCAUUUCAGUUGUAAAUGUGCAUAUGUAAAAGCCAAUGACGAUAG